AUGUUUAGACUCAAAUCAAAAAGACUUUACUCCAUUAAAUUGGAGAAAAAUAUCGGUAAUUUUUUCAUUUUUUGGGCACUUUAACCCCUCUUUAUAUUGGAACAAUUUUUAUUAAGAAAAAUUUAUGGGUGAAAAUACUAAAUUUUUAUAAUAGAAAAAGUCCAUCGAAUAUUAUUUAAAAGUUUUCAUGCUGGAUCGAUUAAAUGUUUUGAAUUAAUUCUUUAUAAAAAUUAAUUAAUUUUAAUAAUUAAGCUUAAUUUAUAAUUUUUUAAAUAUUUUUUAGAAUUUUAAUAUAAUUUUUUGUAAAAAAAUUUGAUUGUUUUAGUUUAAAAGGGAGAGUUACUAAAAUUAUUGGCACUUUGGAUGAGGAUGCCUUAAUGUAUGAAGACAGUAUUAUUAGAGAAAUGAUUGAAUCUGGCAUAGACAUAGUCCGCAUUGAGCUCUUGCACCACAAUUACAAAUCAUACUCAGCUCUUAUAGACAGACUGUAUUCUGUAGCUGCAAGCAUGAACUCAAGCAUAGCUACUUUGCUCGAAAUCCCUGCAAAUAAUAGAACUCUUUGGGUUCCUUCUGAUUACACAGUCGAAAAAGACAGAGAGCUUACAAUUCUAGUCGGCAAAAGAGACGCCCAAGAAUACAAAGAAAGUGAAGACGAAGACGAAAAAAUCUUUAUCAGCAUCAAUGUCCUAGGGACUGACAUAAUGGAAGGCCAAACCAUCAUUUUUGGCGACGAGGUCAGUGGAGAAAUAGUGUCUGUCAAUCCUGACGAAAUUAAAGUCAUCAUAAAAAAUGAUGGAGUCAUUUAUAACAGGUCAAGAGUCUAUAUCAAUGGCUCUUGCAAAUACGCUAUGAAUUUUUCUGAAAUGCAAAUAAAACACCUUGAUUUCAUUGCACAGACCAACGCUGAUUUUAUCACCUUUGUUUUCUCAAACGAAAACUUUAAUGAAGAGUUAGCGUUUCUUCAAGAGAAGUUGAGAGGAAAAGAUAUCAAAAUUUUGUGUAAAAUUGAAAAACAGCUGGAAAGUGAAGUUCUUUAUGAGUUCAUUGAAAAAACUAAUGGAAUUGUGAUUGCAAGAUACCCUAUGGGAGCUGAAAUGCCAAUAGAGCGAAUUUGUACUUAUCAAAAAGAAGUGAUUGCAGCAUGCCGACAAAGAGCAAAACCAGUUUUAAUCAGCGGCCAUGUGCUAGGGAGCUUAAGAAAUCUUCCAUAUCCAUUAAGAGCAGAUGCUUGUGACGUUUAUAAUGGAGUAAUUGAUGGUAUUGAUGGAUUUGUGGUCUGCUCAGAAAUACUUCAAGAAGAUAACUGAAGAAAUACCUUGGAAAUGCUCACCAAUAUUUUGGCUACCGCAGAAUCUUCAAUUGAGUACCGGUCUGCGUUCCAAAAAAUCUGGAUUGCAAGCAUAAAGCCAAGUAUUGCAGAAUCGAUUGCAUCAAGUGCGAUUAAAACUUGUAUUGAGCUGGAAGCGAAUUAUAUUUUAUGCUUAUUCCCUCCCAUCCUUAAUCGAACGAUGGAGAGCCAUUCGAUCAAGGAUGGGAGUUAAAAAAAAAUUUUUGGGAAAAAAAAUUUAUAUAUAAAAUAAAAAAUAUAUAUAUAUAUAUUUUUUAUUUACUUUUAAAUAAGAGGGUUAAGAGUAUUUAAUAAUUAUUUUUACAGCAAAAAAAUUGAAUUAAUUUCAUAAAAAUACCAAAUUUUUAAUAUUUUAAUUUAUUAGUUACCCCUUUAAACUGUAUAAAUUUUAAUUUGUUCCUUUUGAAUUAAAAAAUUUUAAAUUUUAAAGAAUCUCAAUUUUUUAGAUUAUUGAGUUUUUAAGCCUAGGUUGUUACUAAAUCACUUCGAAUGGUUGAUUCCUAGCUUUCUGUUGUCUCAAAGCUCUGAAAGCAACUUCAUUAGGUACAUCUUCCCAAGCUUUUGAUAACUAAUAUAUUUUUUUAUAUAUAAAAAUUUGCAUGAUAUGAAAAUCGUUCGAUCAAGGAUGGGGGUUAAUUUCCCAAUUUUUAGGAAUUUUUUACAGUCAAUCGUUCGAUCAAGGAUGAGGGGGGGAGUUAGCAGAGCAUGGGAGAGCUCCAAGACUGCUAUCAAAAUAUAAGCCACCUGUUCCUAUUAUUACGAUUUCUAGCUUAAUUAAGACAGUUCAGCAGAGCUUGAUCCAUAGAGGGACAGUUCCAAUUCUUGGGGAAAAAUUGGACUAUAAGCAAGCUUUAACAAAUGCUGUUGAAAUGAUCAGGGCUAACACUGAUCGCAAUUGCACUGUGGUAGUAGUGACUGAGCUUUUGGACUCUGCUAAACACUUUAACGAACAAAUGGGCGUUCUUACAAUUGAGCAAUAA